AUGCGUGACAGCCUCCCAUCGCAGUGCUUUAACGGGACGCUGGCGGUGCGCGAGCUGCGCCUGGACCAGAAUGCUCUGCGGGUCCGCAAGGAACCUGCCGCCGUCGCCAACCUGAGCCGCCUGCACUCGCUGUUCGUGGCCAACAACCGCCUGAGUGAGGUGCCCGAUGACGCGCUGCCCGCCUCGCUGCGCGCGCUCUCUAUCUCCGGCAAUGACCUCCACUUCCUGCCCGUCGGCGCUCUGCGGCGCUGUACCCAACUCGCGCACCUCAACGCCGGCUACAACGGGAUCCCGCGCCUGACGGACGGCGACCUGGAGGGCCCUGCCCUACGGCCCUUGGAGAAGCUGCGAUGGCUCGCCCUGGACAACAACGACAUUCGGGUACUCUCGCACGACGCGCUGCGGACGCUCAUCAGCCUCGAGUUCCUCAACUUGGAGGACAACCUGCUUUCUGAGCUGCCGCCGGGGCUGCUGGGUGAGGAGCACUCUAACCUGCGGGAGCUGCGCUUGGGCUACAACAUGCUGCGUGCGCUGCGGCCGGAGGCGCUGCGUCGGCUGCCCGCACUGCGAACCCUGGUGCUGGCCGGCAACCACAUCCACAUGGUGGAGUCGUCGGCGCUGGAAGACUUACCGCGCCUGGAGACGGUCCUGCUACGGGACAACAAGGUGUCCAAGCUGCAGCCGCGCUCCUUCGUGGACCUGCCGUCGCUGUCCAGCCUGGACCUCCACCGCAAUAGGCUGCAGGUGUUUUCGCUGAGCGCCUUCGUCAACGUGAGUCGUCCGGAGGCGCCCCUUACCCUCAACGUGUCGUGGAACCGCGUGGCCGAGCUGUACUCGGGCGGCACGGAGGGCGCGCCGCUGUACGUGCACACGCUCGACCUCAGCCACAACUUCAUCGCCGAGCUCAAGAGCAAGUUCCUGGUGGGUGUCGGGGCCACGCUGCGCCGCCUCCACCUCGCGCACAACCGCGUCAGCCGCCUGGACGGGCUCCUACUGGGCACGCUGCAGUCGCUGGAGCUGCUCUCCCUGGAGCACAACGACCUGGUGUCCAUGGCGCCCCGGGCCUUCCAGGGCUGCGACAUGCUGCAGGUGCUGCUGCUGGCGCACAAUCACGUGGCCUCCUUGCAGCCCGAGCAGUUCGCGGGCAUGGCCAGCCUGCGCGUGCUGGACCUGUCGCACAACCGCCUGCGUGCCGUGCCCCCGGGGGCGCUGUCUGGCACCGCCCUGGAGCGGCUCGACCUGUCCAACAACGCGCUGGGCGCCGUGCCGAGCGCCGCCCUGGCCGAGGCGGGGGCGUCGCUGCGCUCGCUGGGCCUGGCGAGCAACGCCAUCCAGCACCUUGACGGCACCGUGUUCCUGGCCACGCCCGGCCUGUGCCACCUCGACCUCGCCGACAACCGCUUGUCGUUCCUCCCGGACAACGUGUUCUCGCCGCUGGGCGCGCUGCUGUCGCUCCGUCUCGGGCGCAACCCCCUGCGCGCCAACCUGGCCGAGCUGUUCCACUACGUGCACGGCCUGCGGGAGCUGGGGCUGGACGCCGUGGGGCUCCGGGCCGCGCCGCCGCUCCCGCUGCCGUCUCUCGUCGCGCUCAACCUGUCCGGCAACUCCCUGCAGGUUGCGCCGCAAGGGGAGCUGCCUGCCCUGCGCUCCCUGCACCUGGCCGCCAACAUGCUGGGCGCGCCGCCCGACAAGCCCUUCCCACUCCUCAGCACCCUGGAUUUGUCCAACAACCGCAUUAGGGCGCUGGGCAGGACGAGCUUCUCUGAGCUUCCCCGUCUCCGGUCGCUUGCUCUCCGAUCUCUGCCGCUGGAGGUCAUGGAGACGGACACCCUUCAGCCGCUGCGGCUGCUGCGCGUCUUCGAGGCCGAGGCCUGGACGGGCCUGGGGCCUCAGGGACUCGGGAAGGUGCUAGCCUCGGCUCCGUCUCUGAAGAGCUUGUGCCUGCGGGACUACAGCCCACAGUGCAAUCAUGCACUGCAUACAAGGUGUUGCCGACGCAUCAGGGGCUCAACGGGCUAA